AUGUCCUCUCAUCAUUCCCAUCAUCCUCAUCGCCGCCGCUCCUCCAUCGCCAUUGACACCGACGCCGCCCUCACCGAGCCCUUCCCCGACUUCUCCCCGUCUGUCGUCACCUCGCCCGAGUUUGGAGGAGAGGGCGCAUCCACGAGCGCGUCCAUCCAGCCCUCGCCCUAUGCCCCUGCAGGCAUCGCUUCUGCACAAGUGGCUGGCGACAGCACCGAAAUAGAGAUGGAGCCCAUUGGACACAGGAGGCGGAAGAGCAGCGCCCUGAACGUGCCUCAACCUCCCCCGGCUGCUGGCGGUGGUGCUAGAAAACACCUUUCGGCCGGCUUAUCUGACCGCUCAGACCUGUUGGAGGAAACCGGAGGAAGCAGCAGCACAUCAACCCAUUCUGGAAACGACGAGGAAGGCCAUGGGAGGCCCAGCUUCAGCGAUGACGAUCUACACAGCGACGAAGAGACGGGAUUGAGCAACAAGGAGCGCGCCCGGAGGCAGAAGAAGCGCCGGAGAAUCACACAGCUGGGGCAGCGCAUUGCGCGUGACAAAAGUCUGUCGGCGGAAGAGCGUCAGGAAGCAGACAAGGACGUCGUCAAGAAACUGCUUGUCAAUGUCGUUUUGAUUCUGCUGUGGUACUUCUUUUCACUAUCAAUCUCGCUGUAUAACAAGUGGAUGUUUGAUGAAGAUCGCCUCAACUUUGCGUUUCCCCUCUUUACCACGUCGAUGCACAUGGUGGUGCAAUUCAUUCUUUCAGCCCUCGUCCUCUUCUUUAUUCCAUCAUUACGACCACAGCGAUCCCACACAUCCGAUAUGGGCAGAUCCCGCCACGAGACGGAGACGAGCUCAGCCAUGACCAAGAUGUUUUAUCUCACCAGGGUUGGGCCUUGUGGUGCCGCCACCGGCCUCGACAUUGGCUUAGGAAACACUUCACUCAAAUUCAUUAGUUUGACAUUUUACACCAUGUGCAAAUCCUCCUCUCUCGCAUUCGUUCUCCUAUUUGCAUUCGCCUUCCGCCUCGAAAAGCCCACCUGGCGCCUCGUCGCCAUCAUUGCAACUAUGACAAUGGGCGUCAUCCUCAUGGUGUUUGGCGAGGUCGAGUUCAAGCUUGGCGGCUUCGUUCUCGUCAUUUCAGCCGCCUUCUUUUCCGGCUUCCGCUGGGGCCUCACCCAGAUUCUGCUUCUCCGCAACCCCGCAACGUCGAAUCCCUUUUCCAGCAUCUUCUUCCUUACGCCAGUCAUGUUCUUGACGCUGUUUUCUAUUGCAAUUCCCGUUGAAGGCUUUGGGCCCCUCUGGGAAGGCUUGAAAGCUCUCAGCGCCGAGUGGGGCACCUAUAUGACGCCUCUGUUUCUUCUGUUCCCAGGCUGCAUCGCCUUUUUGAUGACGGCAUCCGAGUUCGCCCUGCUGCAGCGCACCUCCGUCGUCACUCUUUCCAUCGCCGGUAUCUUCAAGGAGGUCGUCACCAUCUCGGCCGCCUCGGUCGUCUUCAAGGACAAGCUCACUCUCAUCAACUUUAUCGGCCUCAUCACCACAAUGCUGGCCAUCGUCGCCUACAAUUACGUCAAGAUUAAAAAGAUGCGUGAGGACGCCCAGGUCCAAGUCCACGUCCGCGUCACCGACGUUGAUGCCGGCAUGAGCACCAGCGCCAGCGACUUUGAGAACGACGACAGCGCCGAGGAGACGGCUGGACUCCUCCAGCAGAACAUGGAGAGGGGCGAUGCCCUCGUCACAUCCGACGGCGACAUUCAGCCCAACAGCGUCCGGUCCUCGGCUCCGCACCACACCAGAGAUGCGUCGAGAGAUCGCCUACUAAGAAGGGAUGAUUAA